CGCUUUCCAGAUUGUUACUUCCGGGAGUAUUCCACACCAGAUACAGCCUUUCAAACACAGUUUGGUCUUUGCUGGCCCACUAACUCUCAUUCUCCACAUUUUUCCUUGUUAAUCCCCAUCUUUGAUGCAUUCAUUUCACUUUCACCCAAAUUUCAAUUCAAAAUCAGCAGAAGAAGAUUCAAAAGUCUCAGCAUCGAUCGUCAAGUUUCAUGUUCUAUUAUUUUUCAACUUUUUUGUACCAACAAUUGAAGCAGUAAUAGUGAUUUAGAUAGAGAGUCUCACUAAAACUCCGGGACCACGUCUCCCACCACCUCCAUUCACCAUCGUGGCACGGAGAAUUGAUUUUGGGGAUCGAUAAGAAUUGGGGUUUUGGCUUUGAUGGGUUCAAAGCCUUGGCUACAACCCGCUCCAUCCUAUCACCCAUUGGAGACGUAUUGGGACACUGAAGACGACGCCCCUGGACCUAGAUGUGCCCACACUCUGACCGCCGUCGCCCAAACCAAAGCUCACGGCCCUCGGCUGAUCUUAUUCGGCGGCGCCACUGCCAUCGAAGGUGGCGCUUCCUCCCCCGUCCCCGGCAUCAGGUUAGCUGGCGUGACAAAUUCUGUUCAUUCUUACGAUGUUCUGACGAGGAAAUGGACCAGAAUUCGACCAGCUGGAGAACCACCUUCACCCAGGGCUGCUCAUGCAGCUGCUGUUGUUGGAACAAUGGUUGUAUUUCAGGGCGGAAUUGGUCCUGCUGGGCAUUCAACAGAUGAUCUUUAUGUGCUUGACAUGACUAAUGAUAAAUACAAAUGGCACAGACUUGUUGUUCAAGGACAGGGUCCUGGCCCACGAUAUGGCCAUGUCAUGGACUUGGUUGCACAACGAUACCUAGUUACUGUUAGUGGCAAUGAUGGAAAGAGAGUAUUGUCAGAUGCUUGGGCUCUGGAUACUGCUCAAAAACCAUAUGCAUGGCAGAAGUUGAAUCCAGAAGGUGAUAAACCUUCUGCUAGAAUGUAUGCAACAGCUAGUGCACGCUCAGAUGGCAUGUUUUUGCUUUGUGGUGGAAGAGACACCUCUGGCACGCCGUUGGCAGAUGCUUAUGGACUCCUGAUGCAUAGGAAUGGCCAAUGGGAAUGGACUCUUGCACCUGGAGUCUCCCCAUCAUCAAGAUACCAACAUGCCUCGGUCUUUGUUGGGGCUCGGCUGCAUGUUACAGGAGGUGUUCUGAGGGGGGGUCGGGCUGUAGAUGGUGAAGCAGCCGUUGCAGUUUUGGACACGGCUGCUGGUGUUUGGUUAGAUAGACAUGGGUUGGUGACCGCCACACGGAGUACGAAGCCCCAAACAGAAGAUCCUUCUUUGGAAGUCAUGCGCCGUUGUCGCCAUGCUGCUUCUGCUGUCGGUGUCCGUUUAUAUAUCUAUGGUGGCCUCAGGGGAGAGAUUUUAGAAGCACCAGUCCCCAGGACAAAUCCUUUGACCCCAUUUGAUCCCUUAACUCCUGAUAAUGGAUCUCAAAGUCCCUCAUCUGGAGGCUUAAGCAUGGACAAAGAAUCAAUGAACAGGCUGGUGGAAGCUUCUGCUGCUGAAGCGGAGGCUGCUAAUGCGGUGUGGCAAGCCGCGCAGGCACAUGCUGCAUCUCCUGAAGAGACAUCUGUUGCAGCAGCAGAUGAUAACAACUCACAAGCUGCAGAUAACCAUUCAGAGGGUAGUGAUGGGGAGGGAGAUGUUCGGCUUCAUCCAAGAGCUGUUGUGGUUGCGAAAGAGGCUGUGGGUAACCUAGGUGGACUGGUGAGGCAGUUGUCCUUGGAUCAGUUUGAAAACGAAAGCAGACGAAUGAUUCCUUUGCAAAAUGACAUGUCAUAUUCUGCCAAAAAGUUUACAAGGCAAAAGUCACCACAAGGGCUACAUAAGAAGAUCAUAUCUACUUUGCUUAGGCCUAGAAACUGGAAACCUCCUGCAAACAGGAGGUUUUUCCUGGAUUCUUAUGAGGUGGGAGAGCUUUGCUACACGGCUGAGCAGAUAUUUUUGCAUGAGCCUACAGUACUUCAGCUGAAAGCUCCCAUCAAAGUGUUUGGUGAUUUACAUGGUCAGUUUGGUGAUCUGAUGCGCUUGUUUGAUGAAUACGGAUAUCCUUCAACAGCUGGAGAUAUAACGUAUAUCGACUAUUUAUUCCUUGGGGAUUAUGUUGACCGAGGACAACAUAGUUUGGAAACCAUCACUCUGCUCCUUGCUCUAAAGAUUCAGUAUCCGGAGAAUGUUCACUUGAUACGAGGGAAUCAUGAGGCUGCUGAUAUCAACGCACUCUUUGGUUUCCGUCUUGAAUGCAUUGAAAGAAUGGGAGAGAAUGAUGGGAUAUGGGCAUGGACGCGGUUCAAUCAGCUAUUCAACCAUCUUCCACUUGCGGCGCUUAUUGAGAAAAAGAUAAUCUGUAUGCAUGGUGGCAUAGGGAGGUCAAUACAUUUAGUUGAACAGAUUGAGAAAAUAGAAAGGCCCAUAACCAUGGAUGCCGGAUCCCUUGUCCUCAUGGAUCUGCUCUGGUCUGAUCCUACAGAAAAUGAUAGCGUGGAAGGUCUGAGGCCAAACGCUAGGGGCCCUGGUCUGGUCACUUUUGGGCCUGACAGGGUGUCGGACUUUUGUAAGAGGAACAAACUUCAGUUGAUUAUAAGAGCACAUGAAUGUGUAAUGGACGGGUUUGAAAGAUUCGCUCAGGGACAACUCAUUACCCUUUUCUCUGCAACCAAUUACUGCGGUACCGCUAACAAUGCUGGUGCUAUACUAGUAAUCGGGAGAGGACUGAUGAUUGUUCCAAAACUCAUUCAUCCACUGCCACCUCCACUACAAUCACCGGAAACUUCUCCAGAACGUCCCCCCCAAGAUGACACCUGGAUGCAGGAGUUGAAUAUACAAAGACCACCUACCCCAACCAGGGGACGCCCACAACCUGACCACGAUAGGAGUUCCCUUGCAUAUAUUUGACAAGCAUAUCCAUUUUUGAACUAUUUUCCUUCUUCUUGUAUGUGGAAGGCAACUGCAUGCAUGGCAAUUGGCAAGGGUUUGUCUUGUAUUUUAUUUAAAUUAUAUAUUAUAGACGCAAGUUAAGUUAUCAAGACUGUUUGUAACAUAUCAUACCAUGCACAUAGUUUUAUUCCCAUA